UCACAAGAAUUCAUUCUUGGCGAAUUUUAUCCCGGAGUUUGUCGAAGCAGCUGAAGCUGCUGUGGCGGCCCCUCGCCGGCGAGCUGCAUGGCGAGUAAAUCCUAUGGACGUGGGAGAUGCGGACUUUAAAAAGUCAUAUCGACUUUCGAAGGCAUUAGCGGCUGACCUCAUAAACGCUUUGGAUCCGCUUGUGGCCACACAUUCCAUCGACAUCAAAACUAAGGUGCUGUGUUCCCUGAACCAUUUUGCAACUGGUUGUUACCAAACUCCCAUAGCCAAAAGUAACUCCAUAAACCUGUCACAGCCAACGGUAUCCAGGUGCAUUGGAGAGGUGGUAGAUGCAUUAAACCAUCCAUCUAUUGAAAAUAGAUGGAUCCAUAUGCCAGAGUCAAUACAACAAAUAAAUGAAACAGUGACAGGAUUUUAUAGAGAGUUUGGUGUUCCUGGUGUCGUUGGUGCAAUAGAUUGCACACAUGUUGCUAUUGUACCACCCGCAGCCACACAAUAUGAUGAGAGGAGUUAUGUGAACAGAAAGUUGUAUCACUCCAUAAACACACAGCUGAUUUGCGACCACAACCUAAAAAAAAAAUGCCCUGUUUCCGGGGGAAACCCAUGACUCCCAUUCAUGGAACACCGGCAUAAUCAAAACCAUACCAACUAUCAUUUGAUAGGUGAUAGUGGUUAUGCGCUUAGACCGUGGAUGAUGACACCAAUAGCCAACCCUGAAGAGGACACUGCUGAGUCCUGCUACAACUAGGCAUUUACCACGGCAAGGUGCACCAUAGGACGGUGUAAUGGUGUCCUUAAAGCAAGAUUUAGGUGUCUGCUAAAAGACCGUGUUUUGCACUACGUGCCAAUUAAGGUAUAAUAUGUGCAUAGCCCGAAAUGAUAUUAACCAGGCGCUUUUAGCAAAUCUCAACAAUGAUGAGCUUGGGAUCAUAAACGGGCUGCCGAUGCCGCCACCACCAGCAGGAGCAGAAGGAGAGCAAAGGCAAAGAAAUUUGCUGCUAUUGAGAGGAAUGGCAAAACAGAACAGAAUCAUUAAUAAUUACUUUUAAUGAUUCUGUUCUGUUAUUUAGUAGUUAGUUAGUGUUUUCAGUGUUUGUUAGAAUCAUGAAUACUUAUGUAUAAUUUAAUGCCUAACUAACCUAAUUUCAAAAAUUACUUAUGUAUGUAGGUACUAAUUUUAUUUGGCGAUUCAAAUUGUACAGCGAAUAACGGCCGCCUCUGACUACCUCUUCAGGAAUUACAAUCGUGAGCAUAAUAGGUAGGUACUUAUGUAUGUAAAUGAUGUCGAUUGCUUUAAGAAAUUAUAUUGAUAAAACAAGUCAUGAA